GUGAGCAGUUAGUUGGGGGGGGGGUGCAGUGGUGUAGUGGGCAGGUGAGAAGUCAGUGAGAGGGGCAGCCAGCCUGAUACACUUGCAGACCCUCACUGGAUGCAGUCUGCAUGUCCACCAUGUAUCAACAGUCUGGCUCCAGGCCCUGGGACGAGAGGCGAGUUACUGACUCGGAGAAGAGCCAUUGUGCUGUGGUUUUCCGAGAGUGCGAUUCAGGGCAGAAAGGUUAUCUGAGCAGGGAGGACCUUAAGGUUGCUGUGGUGACUAUGUUUGGAUACAAACCUUCAAAGAUGGAGACAGACAUGCUGCUGGCUUCAGUGCUGGAAAACCACUUACCAGGCUUGCCCCUGGACCAGUUCACAAACAUCAUGUGCAGAAAGCUGGCAGCCAUGGACCGCUAUGAAGAGGCAAGGCAGAUCUUCUCGGCGUUUGAUGUGCACUGUCGAAGUUUUCUGACGGUGGAGGAUUUUAAGAGAGCGUUUGCAAAAGUCGCCCCACAUCUGCCUGACCAAACUGUGCUCGAAGCCUUCAGGGAAGUGGAUCGGGACUCAGAUGGUCGUGUUAGCUUCAGGGACUUCGAGGCUGUGAUGGGCUACCAGUAGGGAAUUCAUAAAGCCUGGAGUGAAGACGUGGACUUCAGCCCUCGAUUGUAUCUGUAAUUGGGGGUGAUUCCUCAUCUGCUGUUUUCGGGAGGGAGUGCCAAUUAUAGCCAGCCUAUCAUGGGAAAUAGCAGCUACAUCGCAACGAAGAUUGAGCACAACUAACAUGUGAUUUAUACAACGUGGUUUUGGUGGAGGAUGCAGGGUUGUUUCAUAUAGACUUGGUUCUAACACCUGAUGCAUCAUCUCCUGUCUCAGAAACCUGCCCCCACCGCCUCAGCCCCAGUGUAUCACCACACCUGGGCUACAUUAUCCCACUCCUCUCUCACCUGCCCUCCCCGACAACCUUCACAUCACCCUGGGCUGGGAUUCCCCCACACACCCAACCUCAGCCUUGUGUCUGAUCCCCUACUGAUGGCCCCAUCCACCUUUCAGAAACAUUAAACCAAGAGAGUCAUUGGCAAAAGCAGGAGAACAUUCUGUGUCCCAGCCAGUCUUAUCAAAGCAGACUACCUGGUGUUUAUUACGUUGCUGUUAUUGGGAUCUUACCAUGCUGAAAUUGAGUACUUGAUUUCCGAUGUUAAAGCAGUGACUAUUCUUUUAAGUUACUUCAUUGGCUAUCAGAGGCCCUGAACAGAUGUCUUUAAAAUCAUUGAAUAAGUCAUU